AUGGCAGAAACUGCCGUGAACUUCGUGACGGAGACGCUAAUCCGAUCACUGGAAAACGAGGUGAGGUUGCAGCUGGGACUGAAAUCAGAAGUGGAAAAAAUCAGCAAGCAUCUGCAGACGAUGAAGGCGCAUCUAAGAGAGGCAGACGAACGGGCAGAAAGUUCAAACACCAACAACACGAUGAAGGACUGGGUGAGGAACGUGCGGGAAAUAGCUCAUGACAUUGAAGAUGUGAUCGAUGAUUACAAAUACCAGGUGGCUAGGCGCCGAACGAAGCGACGUGAUUUUGUCGGUUUGGCACGCGGGUUCGUCACCGGUAUUGUAUCGAGCCAUCGAAUCAACGACGAGAUCCAGGAAAUCAACGCAAGAAUAUUGCGCUACGGUCAGAUGAGAGAGAGCUUGGGGCUCACCGGAGGGGAUGCUGGCGGCGGUGGCGGAGGCUCAAACGGUUGGUCGUGGCAAGACCAGAAGCUUCUAGAACCUCUCGUGGAGAGGGAUCAGUUCGUGGGCUUUAGAGUCCGGAAGGAAGAACUUGAUAACUACCUCACCCACGGCAAAAGUAUAUGCACCGUCAUACCUAUUGUCGGAUCCGGCGGACACGGUAAGACUAGCCUGGUGAACCAAGUAUAUCGUUUCAUGAAUGAGAACACUUUCACACGUCGAGCUUGGGUGGAUGUGACGCGGUCCUACGAGAUAAGAGACAUAUUAAAGAAAUUGAUCAAACAACUCAAGUCUGACAAUCGGAAGAACAAGGGAAUUGAGUCGGACAUGGAUAUACGGCUUUUGAACGAAGAAGUGAAAAAUUGUCUGAGGGAGUUCAAGUGCUUGAUAGUGUUCGACGAUGUUUGGGACACAAAUUUCUGGAACAGCAUCAAAAACAUAAUACCCCCAAGAAGCGCAAGUAAAAGCAGAAUAAUAAUCACGACCAGAGACCAAGAGGUCGCAAAAAAUUGCAUGGCUCCCGCACACACGGCCCAAGUUAAACCCUUAAGGUUGAAACCUCUUGAAUUCGAAGAGGCCGAGGAACUUUUCAAUUGUGUCGUCUUCGAUGGUAAAAAAUGCCCAACAGACCUACAAAUAUUGUCUCGCAAGAUAAUCCAGAAAUGUGAAGGGAUACCAAGGUCUAUCACGACCAUUGGUAGUCUGCUUUCGAAUGGAAAUACAGACUACGAUGUCUCCAAAUGGCAAAACGUGUCCAAAAAUCUGGGUCGGAUCUUAGCUAAUCAUAAUAACCAUCCCAAGGUCCGAGCACUGAAUGCAGCCGUGUCGGAGAGUUAUUACAAUCUUCCUUAUCACCUCAAACUUUGCUUCCUCUACUUGGGUGUAUUUCCUGAAGGCUACCCUAUCAAUUGCAACAGACUCGUUCGUUUAUGGAUAGCAGAAGGGUUUGUCCAAACAGAUCUAAAGACUGAGACAUUGGAAGAUGUUGGCAUGAAUUACCUGCAAGAGAUGAUACUUAGAAACUUGCUUCAGGCUACAGUGUUUGAUAUUGACGGCAAAGUUAGGACUUGCAAGGUUCAAGAUACGAUGCGCGGCUUCAUCUUGACCAAGUUUACGGAGCUGAAUUUCUGUCAAGUUUUGGACAAGAUCGAGUCGGAUUUGAACUCCUCAAGCUUUCCACGACGAUUAUCGAUUCAACAGGAUUACAGUGAAAUUGAGUUUUUUGAGGUUGUUUCCCAUCCGAGAGAGGUGAGAUCUUGUAUUUUGUUCAACGCUGGAGGGAUUUCCAAAUCUGUGAUCACCACCUUCAAGCUGAUGAGAACAUUAGACUUCGACGAUGCUCCUCUAAAUGUUGUUCCAGAAGAAAUUGGACAGUUAUUGCUCCUGGAAUAUUUGGGUCUGAGAAACACAAGAAUCGAGAAUCUUCCCAGAUCAAUCGGCAAGCUUCGGAAACUUCUCACUUUAGACCUCAAGAACACCCGAGUCAAGAAGCUUCCAAAGGAAAUAAAAAAGCUUAUGAAGCUUCGUCACCUUCUAGGCUAUUCCUACCACGGCAGUGACGAUGAUUUCGACAUGGCCUCUUGUUUCCAAGGAUUGCAGAUAAAAGAAGGUUUUGGGAAUUUCACGAAUCUACAAAAGCUAUAUUCUAUCGAUUGUCAAGGGGAUUCUUCCGUAAUUAAAGAGCUGAGAAAAUUAAAGCAGCUAAGGAAGCUGGGAAUCACAGGGUUAACAGGUCAAAACGGACGAGAUCUAUGUUGGGUCAUAGAGACUCUAACCUGCCUUGCCUCGUUGUGGAUAGGAGCUAAGGACGUGGAUGAAUUUCUAGAGCUGGAAUCCAUAAACAACCCCCCAAAGAACCUUCAACGGCUUUACUUGGAGGGUCGUUUGCGAAAAUUACCAGAAUGGAUUCCUAAUCUGAGAAAACUCGUGAGACUGCGCUUGAACAGCUCAAGACUAACACAUGAUCCCAUAUAUGCUCUCAGAAACUCAAAUGAGCUGUUGGAGCUGCGACUUCGCAUGGCUUACCAGGGCGAGGAACUGCAUUUCAAAACGGGGUGGCUGGGAAAGCUCAAGAUUUUACACCUGAGGAAUCUUGAGCCGCUGAAAAUAUUGAAAAUAGAUGAUAAGGCACUCCGACAACUUCAGAAGCUAUACGUUGGGCCUUUGCCUCACAUGGCAGAGGUGCCCGAUGACAUUCGAAACCUCAAAAAGUUGCAGGUUCUUCGUUUCUAUGAUAUGUCUGAUUCAUUUACAGAUAGCAUACGGCCAGGAAAGCCAAAGUACGACAUCUUCAAACACAUACCACCUGCAGGUUUCAAAAUUUCCCGUAAGAAACAGCACGGGGUCAACGGAUACGUCAACAACUCUCUUCAUUUAGCUAAUUUGACCAUGAACAGAUAUGUUGAUGAGGAACAUUAUGUGACCCCCAAUAAUUUGAUUUCCGAAGGGAAGCCACCAUCAGGUGACGACAAGGCAACAAAUCGGUGGUUGUUUUUGGUUCAAAUAGUGUUGGCGGCUGGUUUGUUUUUCAUGCUGAAUAUCGUAUCCCACUAUCUGGAGCAACUGUCUUAUCUUUUCAUAGAAGGGUAACUUCCCAAGCUUCACUCAUGAUCACUGUUCUAUAGUUUUUGUACUCAUUUUUCUUUACUUGGUGUGGGUUGAAGCAGAUGCUGUUCCUCUCUUUUGUGCAAGUCUAUGUGUUAUUGUGUGUGGUGUUGCUUUCUAAUAGAAUAAGUAUUGCUGAUGAGAAGCAAACAACUUUGUUAGAGCCUAGAGGUGUCUUUUCGGUUUUGUCAACAGUAUUCAUAGUCACUGUACUAAAUAGUUCUUAGGGAGAAUGAUAAAGAAGUCUAAAAAAUCAAUUAAUUCAAGUUAGAUUUUAAGUGUCAAAUUUCAAGAAUUUGCAACUCAAUCUCUUAAUUUUGUAAUUUUAUUGUGAUGAAUUUGCAAGUUAUAUUCCAAAUUUUAACAGGAAAAAUAAAUUUUUCUAUUAUUCAAUCAUGUUAAAAUUUAAAAAAAAGUUACAAAUUCAUCCCAAUACAGUUAUAAAAUUAAGAGACUGAGUUGCAAAUUUUUAAAGUUUAGCAUUUGAGACCUAACUUGAAUUAACUGACCCUUUUGAAAAUUCUUUAUCAUUCUCCCUAGUUCUUAGCCUGCUCAUUAUCUUUAAUUAGUUGUACUUUAAUUUUGGGUUGAUAUGCAGAUGUUGUUCCCUCUACUGUGUAAGUAGUCUCUCUCUAUGUAUCAUUAUUUCGUGUGGUGUAAUUUCUAGUAGAAUAAGCAUUGCUGAGAAGCCAGAGCAACUUUGUUAGAUAUAUAGAGGUUUGUCUAUCCCUGCAUGUCUUUCUAAUAUAGUACUAGAUAUGUUUUUGUGA